AUGACCAGUAGUCCAACUGUAAUAUUCGGCGCCGGAGGCAUUGGCCACCCCGAGAAAUCCUUCACCUUUACCUGGGAAACACCAGAAGCCGUCUCAGAACUAUUAUCUACACUGCAAAGUCUCGACAUUCACGAGCUUGACUCCUCUGCACCAUAUCCACCCGGCAAUGCAUGGCAUACAGAAACACUCCUGGGCGAAGCGAAAGCUGUAGAGAAGGGUUUCAUCAUCGACUCCAAAGUCUUGAAGUACGGUCCGCUGACUGAAGAGAACAUAACUUCUAGUGUCGAUAGAACGCUCAGUCUUCUUGGGGGUAGCAAGAUUCGGCUUUUAUACGCUCAUGAACCGGAUGCCACGACACCUCUUGAGGAAACUGCUGCGGCGCUUGAUAAGUAAUUUCGAAGAGGAAAGUUUGAAAGGGUGGGUUUUGAUCAAGAAUGGGGUAAGAAGACAGAAUGCUGACAAGUUUAAAGAUAGGUCUUUCAAAUUAUUCAGUCCAGCAGGUAGCUCGCUACUUUGAGAUCUGUGAUCAGAAGGGGUUCGUUCGACCUUCGGUUUAUCAAGGUCAUUACAAUGCUCUUAUUCGCGGGCACGAGGAGACUCUCAUGCCGCUCUUGCGUAAGCAUGGUGUUGCAUAUUAUGCCUUCAGGUUAGUGCCCCUUGCUUUCCUUAAUACUCGGUACCCCUUGGUAUUAACGAAUAACCUGACAACAUAAUCCCAUCAGUCCACUCGGCGGAGGUUUCCUCACAGGAAAAGUAACAUUCGCAACCUAACCUCUCACACGCACACGUUUCGCAGGCGAAAGCACACAGCAAUACUUCCUGAACACCUUCAACAAGCCUGAAAUCCACGAUAAGCUGCGGACUUUGAAUCCAUCGUGUCAGCAAUUAGGCGUGUCACUCAGCGAAGUUUGUUUUAAGGUGGUUAAUGUAUCAUUCCUCUCUGGGAGGUGACGAUGCGAUUACUCUGGGUGCGAAAAGGUUGGAUCAACUUGAGGCCAAUGUUGGAGAUUGUAGGAAAUGACCUUUUAUCACAGGAUCUGUUGAGGGCUGUGGAGGGGAUAUCUAGUGGUGGGUUGGUGCAUGAGGGGAGUUGGAAUUAGAGGGGAGGAUGGAAUAUCUCUAUAAACGUAUUCAACGAUAACCAUAAAUAAGC